AUGCCGCCGCCGCCACCGCCCGACUCGCUCCUGACGGCCUCUGGCGCCUCUGUGCGGCCGGUCGACGAGCCGCUAUCGGACCUGUGGGCCACGCUCUCGUCGAACCGACCCGUGCCGCUGCGCUUCGUCCUGCUGCCCUCGCGCCGACCCAACAAGGCCCUCUGCCCAGCCCUACAGGCCACCCUCGCCACGCCGCCGCCGCCGCCACCACCGCCGGUCGAGGGCCAGCCGCAACGCUAUCGGGAUCGCAGCUACACCGUCACCCGCAUCCUGGAUCCAGAGCACAAGCAGCCCUACAUCUCUCUCGCGCCGCUCCUGCUGGCGGGAGGGAGGACGCUGGUAUCGGGUCUGCUGGAGUUCGACCUGUCGCUGCAGGACGGCGACUACGACGUGCACCUGACGGGGCUGGAGCCCACCGAGGCGCUGCUCCGCGCCGACAUCCGCACCAUCUCGCUCCUCGACCACGGCGAGGCGGUGCGCACCCUCGUAUCGUCCCAGCAGCGCAAUGCCAUCGUCUCGCGCGCCGGCAGCACCAACGCGGCGUCGGCGAUUGACGAAGGGCAGGCUGGGUUGCAGAGGGAGAGGGAGAAGAUGGUGCGCUGGACCACGCAGCUGCACGAAGCGUACCGCCAGGUACGAGAGGCCAAGAGUCUGCUCGACCAGGCCAAAGGGUAUCGGGAGCGCCGCGACGACGAAGACGAGGCGCGGGCGCUGGAGCGCCAAUCGGCGCUGCUGAUCGCCGAUACCGACGUCGAGUCGCUGCCCCCGACGUGGCAGCACAUUGACGACUGGCUAUCGAGCCGGUGUGCUCCUCCCGAUUCGCUGCCGUUGUUCCAGAACGACGACGACAACGACGACGACGACGACGACGACACGGGGGCGGGCGAUGAUCACGAGCCCCUGCACCGACGUCGAGGGCGGGGACACGGGCCCGCCGCAGCCGAAGUCGGAGCGUGGGACGAUUCUGCGCCUCUCGGAGCGAGCGAUGGUGCGGGUGCGCCGCUGUCGCCGUCGCUGUCGGACCACGUCGGACGGAUGCUGCGGCGCAUCCAGACCAAGAUGACGAGGCUGCAUCGCCUGCAGAUCCUCGAUGCACGUCGUCCCUCGCCCUCUUCCGCCGCCGCCGACGCCGCAGAGAUGAUCGCUUCGGUAUCCGAGGACGCAUACCGUCCCGCCGCCACCACGUCGGGUACGCAAACGAGAACGCCACCGACGCAGCAUUCGCAGGGGGAAGCGAACCCGGAAGGCGGUGCACAGCAACAGAGGUCAACCGCUUUCAUCUCCGACGAGGCUGCUAGAAAGGCCAACAAGGGACCGGGGCAGGGGCAGGGGCAGGGGCAGGGGCGGGGGCGGGGGCGAGGGGAUCCACUGCGCUCGUUGGACACGUUUCUGCGCCGGGUCGACGAGACGGUGCAGAGGAGCGUGACGGCCUCGCUUCUUGCCGGCGGCACCACAUCGACAUCGACACCGAAGUCGACGGGCGAAGCGGGUGCGGAAGCGUGGCAAGAGGUGCAGCAGGAACUACGACGGCUCCAUGACCGUCUUGACUCGCAAGCUGCCACUGCCAGUCCAAGUGGCAGCACGGCCACGAUGCAGACUUCUGGGCGCGACGGCCUCCCCAACCCAGCCAUCGUGCUCACCGUCUUCGCCAUCUCGGCCCUGUUCCUCUUGGCGUCAGCCAUCUUUGGCCCUUGUAUCGGCUGA